AGCUGCGACGCCCCCAAAAGGCCAUCUCAAUUGUGCCGGCGUCAAGCAGCCAUGGCGGCGAAGGAUCGUCGUAGCCUUGAUGAGAGAGCCCAGCUGCUGAACCUUUGGUUGGACGAGUGUCCGCCCAUUCGCUGGGUAGCUGACAAGUGUGGCAUUCAACCAUUAGCUGUCGCUGCGGCAGGCCUUCUUUGGGUCUUGCUCUUCGUGCUGUGGGGUUUCAUGGGUGAGCUGGUUUGCAAAGUCGUGGGGAACCUGUACCCACUCUAUGCAUCCUUCCGUGCGCUGGAAGACGGAGAUCAUGAUGAGGUCAGUUCCUGGCUCACUUAUUGGAUCACCUUUGCGGCCUUCACCUUGCUAGAAGGUGUCAGCAUAAAGCUCAUGUCGUGGCUUCCUCUCUACUAUGUGAUGAGGCUGGCCAUGAUUGUGUGGCUCUUCCUCCCCGCGACCCGUGGAGCACAAGCCCUUUACACCUGGGGCCUGGCACCGCUGCUGCGGCGCUAUCGGCCACAGGUGGAUGCCGCCUUGGCCAGGUCUGCACAGCAGCUUUGUGGCACCUUUUGCUCCGAGAAGCUACGAGAAGCCUUGCGGAGCAAAUCGGGAGAGGCUGCCAAUGGCGGCAUCGAGGAGCUGAUGGCACAAGAGUUGGCCAAGGCGGCGGCCAGCCGCUUUGUGGGCCAGGUGAGCUCUCGGGCGCGCACCGCGUCCCCAAGGCCCAGUCCGAUGCGCAGGAGUGAGGGUUUGGCCGGAACCUCGCUUUGCAGUUUUGCCCAGCCCAACCUUAAGGCCUCCCCCUACCAAGAGCGAUGGCCUCCAACCGGCCUUAAGGUCAAGGAAACAGAAGCUGUGAGUGCUAAUUAGCCGAGAAAGACGAGACCGACUUUGCAGCUGAAACUGCGCUAAUUCGGUGACUCUGCAUCCUAAAUUGCCCAGUGCGGAUGAGUGCGGAUGGGGACUCCUGAACUUCGCCGCGGAAAGAGCCAAUUGAGCCGUUUGCGGCUGCGACAAACUACUGGUAGGCGGUUUCGUGGACAGUGCUUGUCGGCUAGCAUGGUUUC